GAGAGAGAGAGUAGAUCGCCGCCGGUACGCGGCUUAUGAUCUCCCUUUCCAACAACUACCAAUGGGAAAAUCAUGCUGGGUGGCUAGACCUAGUUCUUUCGUAAUAAAAAUGAUUUUGCCUUCUUUGCUGUUUGCUUGUCAUGGACGGAAACACAAGGAAUAGUCCAAAUAAGCCUACAUCCGCAUUCCACAUGGUGACCCCAGCAUCGCCCCUAUCACUUUGCGUGCAAUGGCCCAUUUUUCGCCGGACAGCUGGACUCCAGCGGUCAAUGUUUUGACAUGGUUUCUGCUGGUGACGGCAAUUCUGAGCGUCAUCACUCGGCUGGGGACCAAAUACUGGAUCUUUCGCAAGUUCACUGAAGAUGAUUACUUCAGCAUCACUUCCUUGGUACUCUGCGCUGCGCAGUCCAUCGCCGUGUCGAUGGCGACUGCCAACGGGUACGGGGAGCAUUACGAGAGUUUGAGUAGUUCCAGCAUUGAAGAAAUGAUGAAGUCGCAAUACUCAGCGAAUAUCCUCUUCAUCUUGAGCAUGUGUUUCUCUAAACUCGCUCUCAUCAGCUUUAUCGAUAACUUGACGCCUGCUUCUACAGACCACCGCAUUGCAGUUGGCCUGAAAAUGUUUACUCUUGUUUGGGGGGUGGUGGGCACCAUAACCUCAGCUUUUCAGUGUAAGCCGCCUCGAACUUGGGACUAUCUGCAUGGGAAAUGCUGUAACAUUAAUGGCUGGUGGAAUUACCUUGGCACUACGAAUAUCUUGUCAGAAUGUGGUAUGAUUGUGCAGGCAAUGCUAGUAAUUGUACGCAUACAGACGCAUAUGAAGAAAAAGGCCGUCUUGGCCGGGGUGUUUCUGCUUCGGGUCGCAGUUAUUAUUAUGAUUGUCUGCCAGCUUGUGUACGCUACUAAAACUGCCGAUCCUCCCGAUCCAUCCCAUGAGACUUGGCCCGUGGCGAUAUCCACCCAGCUAGUUCAGUCUUUAAGCAUUGUCACGGCCUGUUCGCCCCAGUUCAAACCGUUCCUUGACAGUCUGCGCUCAACGGGGAUGCGCCUUGAUGGUAUGACAAGUUACGGUCACUCGCAAAAGGGAUACGGCUCAUACGCCGCUUCGCGUGCCCGGAGUCGAAGGGGCACAGACCACAGUGAUGCGCAUGAGCUUGUCCCCCUACCGAUGCAGGAUACCCACCAGGCUACUGUGACUACCUCGACACCAUCGCUGGGGUGGGAUGGGGAAAGCCAGUCGAGCCAGACACAUAUUAUUCAUGAAAUUAGGACUUGGACGGUGACCGAGGUACGGCGUAGUUUCGCCGAGAAUUCCAAGUAAUGCGGUCGCACUCCUUAGGUCUCUUUUAGUCUCAUGGUAAAAGUUAGAUGAUAUGAAUAUUAUAUUAAUGUCUUUCCA